GUCGGAUUGUAUACAGUCGGAGAGAAAAAUAAAUUAGUCUAUGGAACGUGUUGUUGUUGAACGCACGCUGCACCGCAAGCGCGUGGCGCGAAAAUUGAUUAGCAAUUCGUAAUUUUAGUCGAUCAUUAUUUAUUUUCGCGGGUGACUGUUUACUGUGUGAUUAAAGUGUUUUUCAUAAAAAUUUACGACAGUUCAGUGAAAUCCUGGGAUUUUUUUACUUGAAACAUUUACUGCUUACAGAUUACAGACAAAGCCGCAGAGCAAGUGACUGUGGAGACGAUGCAGGCGAGUUUGGACUUUAGUUCCUAAAGAACAAGUCUUAAAUGGGACUGUAAGAUGAGCUGGCACAGAAGACUAUUCGUCAUUCAAGCCCAAAUUACUUAAAGAAAUGAAGAUGGUCCAACUACAUCGUAUACCCACCGUAGCUACAAUAAUACUCUUGCUGGUGUUACAACCUGCACUAGAAGCAAAGAAAUCUAAACGAGUAAUAUGUCCAGUAGGAUUCCGAAUAGCUUACUCCAGUCUAAAAGGAGAUUUAAUAUGUUACCGGUUGAAGGGCCCAGAGAAACUUACAGACACAUAUGUGGGGUGCUCCGGUAACCUAUAUACAUCCAAACUGUACAACAGUUUGAAUUUAACAAAGUCUGAUUUAGUAUUAUGGACAGAGUACAAAUCAUUGUACCCUGGGGGACCCUUCAUUGAUUACUCCUUCACAAAAUCAAUAGGAUCUCUAGUGGAAACAUCAUUUGAAAUAAGUAACCCUCAUCGAAGCGUUGACGAAGAACUGUGCGUAGUGAUGGACCCUGUAAGUAAUUUUACGACUGCGAAAUGUGACGAAGAGUACUAUAGGUACUGCCUAGUUCACCCAUACGUUGAAGCAGACGAUAUGUCUACUGAAGGUUGUGAAAAGUUCAAUGAUUCUUAUAGAUUUUGGUCUCCAAAAUCAACUUGUUUGUCAGCAGCCACUGCCGUUGGCGGUGGUACGGUAAGAGCAACUUGGAAUCAGUCGAAGGAAAUAUGUGAAAAACGGGGAGGCACACUCCUGUACAACGGCUGGAGAUAUUCAAAUAAUCCAUUAUUGCAUAUAUCAUCAGACCAGUAUCCUGCAUAUCCUCUGGGUAUUACGUACGACCCUCAACGUCACAUGAAUAUUGUGAGUGGAGACACUACGGAACCACCCACAACGUGGCACUUGGAUGAACAUUUUAAAAUGAUGGGUGGAAAUGAAACAUCUUUUGGUGCUGUGAAAAACGAUUUAUGGGAAUUGGUUAACAGUUCUUACAUAUUCUAUGACGUCAUAUGCGAGAAGAACGUUGAAUUAAAAAGAGCUAAUUUAGUUGUCAGCGCUGACGAUCAAAACAAGUUAAUAUUGACUGUGGCUGAAAAGGUCAACGAGGACAAUAUCUACUGCUUCACAGAUUCCGAGUCAUAUUCGCCAACAACUGUUAAAAUUAGUUCCGAUGGAGUUCACAACAAGCUGUAUACCUACAUUCUCAAACCCAUUGGCGAUGGAUACUAUUGGUGUGUUCACAUUGAUUCUAAGCGGUACCAAGUGUCAGAAUCGAACAAAGCUCUCUGGGUGAGAGAAGAAACAUCCCUCCAAAACAAUUACGCUGUCAAACUGGUAUUGGACAAAGAAUACACAUUUGACAACCUAGAUAGACUGAAGAAAAGCUGGGAGAAGAAGUUAAAGGCAUACAUUUUCUUUUCAACGAGGUAUUAUAAGACCAAUGGCGGAGCAGAAGUGACUGAAGAUCCAAAGGAUUUUGGAGAUACCUUGUUUGAUUUCAAAUUGAAACACCCAGAUUUGAAUCCCACUAAAGAGAAAGACAUCAUUUACGAGAUAAAGUUGAAGAAAGUGUUUUUGGAUAAGAAGACUAUUUUGAUACACAUCCACCUAAAUCCAAAUAUGCUACCAGUGCAGCCAGGGACCUGGGAAGGCCUUCAAAUUGUUUACAUGAAACCCAUUUAUUAUUGUAAAGCUGAUAAUCAUGAAUUUGUGGAAUCAAUAACAGUGCAAUGUCGGAUACAUACUUGUAUCGGUAACUUCAAUGAUGGCGUGCAAGUGGUGACGACGAUGGAUGAUGGAUGCAUCAUGUCUACUAAGCUGCCGACGUUGUACAGAAACCAAGUCCCACCACCAUACAAUGUAACGACUCCUGGUAACAUUACCUCCUCCACUGCCUCCAUCCCCACCACCACCUUUGCCACCAACAAUACCACAGAGUGCUCUGAUUAUUGUGCCACACCAACAACGAACGAGGAUUCUUCAGACAGUUCGGAAGAGACUCCACCCGAAUCAACAACUAUGAAUAAUCCAGAUAUUAUUAGUAGUACUUCGAGCCCUACAUUCACUCCUACUGCAUCAGUGACGUUUGUAACCAUGGCGCCAGAGACGAUAAGAACAGAAACGCCAAUCAUUACGACAAUGAUGACUACCACUACAGAAGUGGUGACGUCACCACCACCGCCACCACCUCCUCCAACGACCACUAUACCAACAACGCUGGCACCUGAAGAUCAACUCCAACAAGUCAUAAAUGAUCUGGAUAAUCUUAUCAAUAGUGAACCAACAUCACCGGUGUCAGUCGAUGAAAUCAAUACAGCAUUUGACCAGGUGGAUGGACUGCUAGCAGAGAACCUAGAACUGAACAUUCCAGGAGAACUGCUGCACUUACUUGAUGGAAUUGGAACUAGACUGGACCUGGCUGGGUCAGAGAAUGCGACCACUAUCAGGGACAAUAUAGCCUUGGUGGUAGCUCAAGCUGAAGCUGAACAGCCCGUCAAGGGUCUUAGGAUUGUUGCCAGAGACAUCGAUAACUUUACGAGUGACACUUUCCAAAUUAUCAGAGAUCGAGUGGACUCGUCCACUCUUCAAACAGACAGUAGUGAGGUGGUAGUAAAGCUGCCAGACUCAGUAGCAGCGUCGUCUCGUCGUAUCAGCUUUGUAGUGUUCCGCAACGACCGCGCCUUCCACGCCAGUCCCACCAACGAGUACCGAGUCAGCAGCAGGGUGCUCAGCAUCAAUGUCGAGAAUGUCACAGAGUUUGAGCGCGGAGAGAGUGUGGACUUACACUUCAGUUCCCUGAUUAGCCCCGAGAGGAACACAAGUCGUUCGUGUGCAUACUGGGUGUUUGAAGAUAAUGGCAAGGGGUACUGGUCGCAGGAGGGAUGCACCUUCAUCCGCGCCUCGCGACGUGGGAUGCUGGACACGUGUCGCUGCACUCAUCUCACACAUUUCGCUGAAGUACUCAUCCCCAGAGCAGUCUUCUCCGAAGCUAAUGAACAAGCCUUAGAAAUCAUCUCUGUCAUAGGCUGCUGCUUAUCCAUGUUAGGUGUCAUUCUCGUCGGUAUCACUGCCGUUCUCUUCAGAUCUUGGCGACGAGACUUCAACAAUAAGAUAUGGUUGCAGCUCUGCAUUGCCGUACUACUUCUGGUCAUCUGCUUCUUAAUCGCAGUGUAUGUGAGAUUUGAUAACUACGGCUUUGCUUGCAUGCUGGUGGGAGUGUUGAUGCACUACUCUGUAUUAGCAUCUUUCUGCUGGAUGUUAGUGGCGGCCAUCAUCUCGUACAGGAGACUAGUGAUGGUGUUCAGUCGCGACGCCUCCCACAAGUUGCUGCGAGCGUCUGCUUUCUCGUGGGGAGCUCCGUGUGCUAUUGUCGGUAUCCUCCUUUCAGUCGACCCGCGCUCUUACGCGGGACGCUUCGAAGAGAAAACCCCGACAGGAGCUUUCUGCUAUCCUUCUGGCCUCAGUCUCUGGCUGGCCGUGUAUGCACCCAUCGCGGUCAUGUUACUUGCGAACUGGACGCUAUUUAUAUUGAUAGUACGGUCCGUGUACGCUUCUAGAAGGAUCCAGAGGCACGGCGACUCUAAUGAAGCCUUGCGUUGUGCCUCAGUUAGUUGUUUACUCGUGUUCAUGUUCGGACUGCCCUGGAUAUUUGGUUUAUUUGCAUUCAAUUUAGUAUUAGCUUACUUGUUUGCUUUGACAGCUACCUUCCAAGGGUUCGUGUUGUUUAUGUUCUUUGUAGUGGGGAACAAAAAGACGCGAGAUCUUUGGUUCAACAAGUUAAGAAUCAAGCAGACUCGCAAGAUCCCGGUCACGUCGUCUACGUACACCAACAGAAGCACGGCUGCUGGUGCAAGAGGUGCUCCUCAAACUUCAGUAGAGGCGAAGGUUUCCAAACCCAAAUCUUUAGCGAGUUCAGACGACUCCAGAUUUUCUUGACGAAAGCAAGUCAGGUCCUCCAAAACGGGCCGGUCGAGGAAAAGGUCGUGUGACAUUCUUCCCAAAAUAAUAAGUAAUGACUUUUAGGACCCAUUCUGAUGGGUUCGGGAUAGAUAUUCUGUAACUUUUGCGAAUAUGCAUUUACAUUCCAGAAGUUUCGCUUGUUGUGGUAUUCAAACCUAGUGUCGAGUUCCUUUUGAAUGGGUUGUUAAUAUGACAUUACAGGGCAGUAAAUGGAACUAUAUGGUAAGCAGUUGCCUACUAUUUAAACUAUUAUUGAAUUUCUUGAGAUUCAAGAGAGUUAUAUUUAUAUGUAAUUCUUGUGAGUUUCUGUUAUUCUGUUGCCAAGACUUUAUACUGUUACAGUCAAUCAAUUAUUUUGUACAAUUUUAUUGUAGUAGACGAUAUUCUAUUAUGUUAUUUAAUUGUAUUUAAAUAUAUAGUAAAUAAGAGCUACAGUUUAAAUAGUAGAUAUUUAUAUAUUUAUUUGUAAUUUUGUAGUUCUCUUGUAGAAAAUAUUUGUAAAAACUAUUUAUUGUAGACUGUUACAAUCAUCAUAGGUUCAUUCAUCGUAGACCUCCAUUAAAGAUCAUCAAGACAAUCUUAGCCAAAGUAUAUGUAUUAUUAAAUUGUAUUUAUAAAGUUCACAAACAUGAGCCUGCGACAUAGGACUAUGUAUCGUCAGAUUUAAAUCAUAAAAUGUUUAAGAAGAUAAACUAUAUAUACCUAAUAUAUAACUACUAUACAGAGUGUAACCGGUA